CAAUGGAGAGGUUUCCGUGCGGUGUUUGGCUUUGGAUUUGCGUUAGCCUUAUGCUUGGCUCUUUCCACGACGCUGGUUCGCAGCGCAUAAAAGACUCCCAGCUGUCGUUUACACCUAGUCUGCAAAAAUGCCAAGUUCUUGAUUUUGAAAGGAUUCCGUGUGGUGAGCCUUCUAUUAGUAGCACUGACUGUGAGGCCAUGAAUUGCUGCUUUGACCAGCAGCAGUGUUUCUAUGGGAGGACUGUGACCGUCCACUGCACCAGGGAUGGUCAGUUUGUGGCUGUUGUGGCCAGGGAUGCAACACUACCACAGCUGAGUCUUGAGUCAGUUAGCCUCCUGGAAAACCAAGGCGCAUCCUGUGGCCCUGUCAGCUCCAGUACCACCUUUGCUGUGUUCCUGUUCCCAGUUAAUACUUGUGGAACAGUUGUGAAGGAGGAAGGGGACUACUUGGUUUAUGAGAACAAGAUCAUAUCAUCCUAUGAAGUUGGUAUGGGGCCCCUAGGCUCCAUCACAAGGGACACGGUCUUUGAACUGUUCUUCCAGUGCAGGUACUCGGCCAGUGGUCUCCUUGCUGUGCUGGCUGAUGUUGGCACACUUGCAUCACCCCCUGGUGUAGCAUCUCCAGGACCACUCCGUGUGGAGCUCAGACUGGCAAAGGGACAAUGUUUGGCAAAGGGAUGCACUGAAGUGAAUGCAUACGAGUCCUACUACACUGACGCAGAAUACCCUGUGACUAAAGUCCUGCGGGAGCCUGUGUAUGUUGAAGUGCGCCUCUUGGAGAGAACUGAUCCAAACCUUGUCCUGACUCUGCAACACUGCUGGGCAACAGCUACACCCAACUCCCUCAGUCUACCGCAGUGGAGCCUCCUUGUUGAUGGGUGCCCUUAUCAGGAUGACCGAUACCUGACCACUCUGGUUCCUGUGGAUGGCUCAUCUGGGCUUCCAAACCCAACCCACUACAAGCGGUUCAUUAUCCAGAUGUUUACUUUUGUGGAUGCUGACAUGGUCCCUCUAACAGAAUCGGUCUACAUCCAUUGUAGUACUGCAGUAUGCUACCCUUCUGCUACAGAUUCUUGUGAACACAGAUGCCACAGGCAAAGAAGAAAUGCUGCUGAGGGCAAUACUAGGGAAGUGGCUGUAGUCUCCAGUGGUAAAGUGAUCAUCGCUGACCCAGAGCUCUCAGCCUCAAGCAUGAGCCAUUCGGAUGAAGCCUGUUUGUACCAGAGCGGAGCAGGAGGGUGGUCCUGCUGGCAUCUGUACUUCACUGUAACUGUGGAGCAGGAGGAGAACAUUGGCUCCCUGGCCACACCCAGUCAAGUCUAG